AUGUUGCUACCUCUGCCCAUGGGUAUCGAUGAGAUUAUGCAGGAAGAAUUUGAUUCCAAGCCAGAUUCUUAUAAGCUUCAAUUGAAAAGCAAUAUAGAAGAAAUUGUAACAAAAUGGGCUGGGCAAAUUAAUGAAAUCCUUAAUGAAGAGUUCUCCCAGUUUUCCAAGGGCGGGGACCAAUUACCCGAAGCUGGUAAUUUCAAUAAGAUUAGGGAAAUUGACAUCAUUGUUACGUUUUUCUUACAUUUUUUUUUAGAAAUGAAUUACUGGAAUAUGAGAUUAAAGAACAUGGAAUCAAUUUACCUUCAAUUGAAGAAUCCAAAAAUAGUCAGGAUGGACGUGUUUUUACAAGAAAUGGCGAGUCCUUAUUCGGAGUAUUUUAAGAAUUUGAUAAAGAACGUAGCUGCAACAUUAUUAGAGACAAGAGAUAUCUUCCUUUACUUGAAGCCCUUAGAUACGAAUUUCCAAGAGAUCUCUAGCGCUGAAUUUAAGGAUUUAUCGUUGAAAUUCAAAAUAUUGAUACACUGCGUGUGCUUAAUGUGGGCUAACUCAAAGUUUUACUCUGUAGAAAGAGUAGUCACUCUGUUACGAGAAAUUUCGAGCUUGUUAAUUGCUCAAGUAUUCAAUUUUCAUUUAAUAUAAAUAUUAUGCAGUGUGGUCAUUUGAAACAUUUAACAUUUUUAAUAUAGGCAUCGAAAUACAUAAAUCCCUCAACUUUAUUCGAAGGUGAUAUCGAAGAAAACAAGACGAAAAUAGAGG